AUGGAUACAGCAACUACGGAAAAUCUCGCUUCGAAGCGAAAGGUUAUUUAUGCGAAAGUGAAAUGGGAGUUAUCUGUCGCAGAGAACAUCCGCUGCCGGAAGCCGUCCGCUGCAGAAGUAUUGGAAAGGCGAAGUAAACUCACGGAACUUGCUAAUCAUUUCGACGCUAUUCAAACUGCGAUUGAAGAGGAAACGGCCCACUUGGAGGAUGUUGCAUCAGUUUUCAAUCAUCGGCUCCUGUUCGAUGAGGUGUACUUCCAGGUUAAAAAUAUUUAUACCCAGUAUCUAGAAGAGAAGCAGGAAAAUUCUUCGGUUCGGAGUUCCAAUUCAGAGGGAACAAGUGAUUUACGUGACGCAAUCAAAGCUCUAUUGGAGACGCAGCAGGCAGUUCUCGCACGGCAACCAGCUUUGGAAAUUCAAUCGGUGAAACACGAGCCACAUAUCAAUGUGAAGCUACCGCAGCUGAACAUUCCGGUAUUUAACGGCGAAAGGAAAAACUGGCGUUCAUUCAAGGACUUGUUCGAAGGCACGAUUCAUAAUCGCACUGAUCUGAAAGAGUCAGUUAAAAUGCAGUAUCUUUUCUCAUACAUUGACGGAGAGGCUAAAAGGAUGGUGAAUUCAUUUCCGAUUAGUGAUGCCAAUUAUCAUGAAGCUUGGGAGACAUUAAUUGCGCAUUACGACAAAAACAAAUAUACGGUGUUUGCACUCAUACGGGAAUUUCUGGAGCAACCUUCAGCAAGCAACACGAAUGGAUUGAAAAAACUAGUGAAUGUUUCUGAUGACGUCAUUCGUCAGCUCAAGGCGUUGGGCAAUGAAUACGAAACGCGUGAUCCGUGGCUCAUUCACCUGCUGCUGGAUAAGGUGGAUAAAGACACACGUUCGCUUUGGGCACAGAAAAUAAUCGACAUCGAAAACCCUUCGUUUAUGGAUUUUUUGGACUUUCUGCAGAAGCGCUGUGAUGCAUUGGAAACCUGUUCGGCUUUUGUGAAAAAAACGUCGUUUGACAUCGUGAAGAAGGAGAACCCUAGACCCAGUGGCAACGAAAGGAAACUUCAAGCUUUUCAUACUGCUGCUGCUGCUGCUACUCCGAUAUCUUGUGCAAAGUGUUCCAGCGAUCACCCAGUGUACCAGUGUGAGUCUUUUAAGGCAAUGGACGUACCAGCACGUCGACAGCUCGCACUUUCUUCAAGGCUAUGUUACAACUGUUUGCGCCCGUCACACACGGCGAAACAUUGUACAUCGAAAUCAGUUUGUCAUAUCGCACAGUGUAAGCAACGGCACCAUACCUUGCUGUGCCGAAGAGACGUCAAGCGACUGGAGCAGCAGAAUGAUGCUGUUAUCGAACCAGAGGAGCAGAAUACUGAGGAGUCUUCAAUUUCGGCUAAUGCGGCACAGGCAGUAAUUAGCAGUUCGGAACCGUCCACAUUUUCAUUGUUGCCGACGGUGGUAGCCAAUAUCAAGGGAGUGGAUGGCAAAUCAAACGAAGUGAGAAUUUUGAUUGAUUCGGGAUCUCAGGCAUCUCUUAUCACCGAGGCGUGUGUCAAACGUCUUGGACUGCAGCGGAUCAACGCUAAGGUGGAAGUUACUGGUGUUAAGGGAGAAGUAGUCGGUACUACAGCCGGCAAGGUAUCGUUGAUAGUUUCAUCGCGAUUCGACGAUAGUGAUACAAUUACAACACAAGCAUACGUAUUAGGAAAGCUGACGGCAACCCUGCCGUGCCAGCAAUUCAGCGCAUCGGAUAUGCCAUACUUGAAAGGUUUGCAACUUGCUGAUCCGCGAUUCAACAAGUCGAGCACAGUGGAUGUCAUUUUGGGUGCAGAUGUCUUCCUGUCCAUACUUCGAUCGGGGCAGGUCAAGAAUCUUAACGGUAUUCCUGUAGCACAACGUUCCAUAUUCGGAUGGAUGGUCGCAGGAAGAAUCUCUAAGCAGGAAUGUUUACACACCAAUCAUUCAGUGAUAAACGUACAUCAGGAAUUUGAUAUCGAUCGCACUCUACGGAUGUUUUGGGAAGACCAAGAGCUACGCAACAGCCAGCCUUUGACGGAGGAAGAGAAACGGGUAAUCAACCAUUUCGAAUCAACAUUCACACGUACGGAAGAAGGACGCUUUAUCGUUAAACUACCACUGGACGAUUCAAAGCAGAAGCUCGGUGAAUCUUUGACCGCUGCUGUCAAGCGCCUCAGAGCAAUGGAGCGCAGGUUUCAGAACGAUGAAAAUUUCAUGGUUAGGUACACAACGUUCAUGCAAGAGUACAUACGGCUGGGACAUAUGCAGGUAAUCCCAGAUUCGGAGAUAGCAGUCGACCAGUCAAGGUCCUGUUAUUUGCCUCACCACGGGGUCAUAAAGGAAGACAGUCUUACGACCAAAUUGCGAGUCGUAUUCGACGGAUCUUGUGUUACAUCUUCCGGAGUAUCACUCAACGAUUUGCUGCUGAGUGCGCCCAAUAUCAAUGCGGAUUUGUUUGAUGCUCUAUUGCGAUUCAGAUCGUACCCGAUUGUAUUUACGGCGGACGUCGAGAAGAUGUACCGUCAGGUAUUGGUGCAUCCUGACGAUACGGACUAUCAACGCAUUGUAUGGCGUGAUUCCCCGGACAUGCCGAUACAACAUUUUCGUUUGCUGACUGUAACAUACGGUCUGAAGAAUUCCGGAUUUUUGGCUAUGGCAGCAUUGAAAAAGGCAGCUGAAGUACACGAGAAGCAGUACCCAGAGGCAGUUGAGCGGAUCAAAAAGCACACCUACGUUGAUGAUCUGACUUCUGGAGCUGACUCUGCGCAAGAGGCGAUGGUGUUAAUCAAGCAGAUUAACGAGAUACUACAUAAUGCAGGCUUUAUUCUACGCAAAUGGAGCUCGAAUUCAGCAACGGUUCUCGACUCACUUAGUGACGUAAAUGUUAACGCUAAACCGAUCAAUUUGCCAGACGAACAGAAUUCGGUGAAAGCGCUUGGUAUACAUUGGUUGCCCGAGGAAGACGUUUUCACUUUCAAGGUGAACUUUCGAGUAGAUGGUCCUAAUACAAAGCAUCAACUGCUGUCGGACACAGCGCGACUGUUCGACCCGUUCGGAUGGUUCGCACCAGUCAUCAUUCGUGCAAAAAUUCUUUAUCAACAUUGUUGGGUAUACGAUUUGAAUUGGCACGAUCCGUUGCCCCCGUGUAUCGAGGAUGCGUGGGUAGAAAUGAAGCAAAACUUGUGGCAACUUGAACAGGUGAAAAUUCCAAGAUGGAUGGCAAACUUUCACGGUCGUAUUGAACUGCAUGGCUUCUCAGACACCUCUGAGGAAGCUUACGCUGCAGUUGUGUACAUGCGAUCAAUCGACGAAGAUGGUCGUAUUCACGUCAGCUUAAUUGCAGCUAAAACAAAGGUAGCGCCGGUGAAACAGGUAACUAUACCUCGGCUUGAACUCAACGCAGCGGAACUUUUGGCGAAGCUGAUGAAGCAGGUAGCGGAACCGCUCGAACGCUUCCAGGUUCAGCAGUAUGCCUGGACAGAUUCGACGAUAGUCCUGCAAUGGCUUAGUAACCAUCCCCGUAAAUGGAACACGUAUGUAGGGAACAGAGCAUCGACUAUUCUGGAUAUUUUACCGCGACGACACUGGGGCCAUGUUUCAACACACGAAAAUCCUGCAGAUUGUGCGUCGCGAGGAAUAAACCCUUCGGAGUUGGUCGAUCAUCCGCUUUGGUGGUCUGGACCGCAUUGGCUAGCAGCGGAUUCUUCGUCGUGGAAGCACAAUGUUCCAUCGGAAGAUUUCGACGACGGCACACUUGAGGUACGUAAACGGUUUCAAACACUCAAUACGAUGAUUAAGCUUCCAGGCACCAGCUACGAGAUUGAAAGGCAGAUUCUCGAACGCAAGUCUACUUUACAUGCCGCGUGUCGGCAACUAGCAUAUGUUAAUCGUUUCAUAACCAAUAUGAAGGCACAGCGAAGUAAGCAAUCCAAACUUUCCGGCACGAUCACACUAACCGAACUACAUGAAGCUAGACUACAAUACGCAAGGCUAGCGCAACAUGACGUUUACGCAAGAGAGAUGGAUAGCUUGAAGGGUGGUAGCGAGGUGUUUUGUAAAUCGAAGAUCAGCGACAUGUAUCCAUUUCUGGACAGUGACGGAACCAUGCGAGUUGGCGGUCGGUUGCAACAUUCGGCUCGUCCAUUUCGCAUUAUGCAUCCCGUAAUUCUACCUAAGGAACACCGCGUCACACGACUGUUAAUAGAGGAACUACACGUUCAGAACUGUCAUGCCGGCCCAUCGCUAUUGACUGCAACUAUAAACCAAUACUACUAUGUGAAGGGUUGCCAAGACGUGGUUAAGCAAGUGAUACGCAACUGUGUGAAAUGUUGCCGCUUGAAAGCGAAGACUGCUCAGCAGUUAAUGGGAAGUCUUCCAGCGGCACGUGUUACAGCAUAUCGUCCGUUCGCACACGUCGGAGUGGACUACGCCGGUCCCAUUCUGAUACGCUGCAGUAACACUCGAGGAGAGCGAUCGAUGAAGGGUUAUAUCGUGGUCUUCGUCUGCUUAUUGACUAAGGCGGUGCACCUAGAAGCAGCAGGGGACCUUACGACAGCUACGUUCUUGGGAGCGUUGAAACGGAUGAUUGCACGACGCGGAUAUUGCAACGAGAUCUGGUCUGAUAACGGUACCAACCUGGUUGGAGCUGAUCGACAACUCAGAGAAACUUACACAGCCUUGAUGUCACACGGUAAGGAUGCUGAGCGCUUUCUCAGUAGCCUCGGUAUACAAUGGAGAUUCAUUUCGCCGUCCAGUCCUCACCAGGGCGGUAUUUGGGAAGCGGCGGUGAAAAGCGCCAAGGGCUUACUUCGACCAAUCGUUGGAAAUGAGAAGCUGACCUUCGAGGAGCUGACCACUGUGCUCUGUCAGAUCGAGGCUUGCUUGAAUUCCAGGCCUCUCUGUCCGAUGUCAUCAUCGCCCGAUAACUGCGAAGCCCUCACUCCGGGGCACUUCCUCGUAGGACAACCGUUAAACCUGUUACCCGAACCAGACGUCUCGCGAGUGCAAAUGAAUCGACUCGAUCAUUGGGAGAAGGUCCAACGAUACACAAUCGAGUUUUGGAACAGAUGGCGUAACGAGUACCUGGCAACGCUGCAGUCCAGGGGCAAAUGGCGAACCAGACAGGAGAACAUCAAACCGGGUCAGCUCGUCCUGGUGAAAAGCGACAACGUGCCGCCUUCGGCUUGGGAGUUGGCCAGGGUGUCAGCAGUGCAUCCGGAUCAACAGGGGUUAGUCCGUAUCGUUACGCUGCGUCGAGGCAAGACAGAAUACCAACGCCCGGUUCAGAAGUUGUGUCCACUUCCGGAUUGA